GCCUGCCCGUUGAUUCUUGUGGUACAUUUUUCGGGGUUACGCAGCAUGAAUUACCAGGGAUACCCGUCAUGCCCUGCCCUAUCUGGGACUUUUUUUAUUUUUGCGCGGUUUGUGGGCAGGGCGAUUGUGAUUUAUGAGCAACAGCUUAUCGAAUCAACAGCUCUUCAACCCCUGAGGAGCCAGUUGCAUUUCGAGGGACCGUACCGCCGUGCUAGGGCUCCACGUGCUGCAGCGUGCAGUUGGCAGUAGCUUGCGGCAUUAGCCUGCCGUUCAAGAGCGCCUUUGCAGUCCACGUUGUUGGCCUGUACUUGGUGCGUGUGUGCGAAGGAGCGGAGCGGAGCGUGUGUGUGAGUGUCUCAAGAACAAGUACGGAAAACGAUCAGAGGGGAAAAGAAGCAAGCCUGUCUGUGGGGUGGACAACCCGCCGCUGGCCGAGAGCCUUCUCUUUUUUUUCUCAGUCUCCCGUGUCGGCGUGACACUGGUGAGCCGCUGAGCACGCGUGUGCCUCGCAUAUCACUCUCGCUGCUGCGCUUGGUUUCGGGGAAGGGGCGGGGCCGGAGAGCAACAGGCAGGGGAGAGGAAGAACGCCUUAAACGCUUCCAACUUUACGGGAGGUGUCCCUACAGGCGGAUUCUAGCGGCGGGUUUAUUCAGGGACUGAAUAGUAUUGCUUCUUGGUCAUGAAUGGCCUUGGCGCACCAGCAGUAGGAGGCGCUGGAAAUCCCACGCCUCUGCUGAUCCGGAUCCUUAUGAUAGGGGACAGCUCUGUGGGGAAGACUUCUCUGGUGCUGCGGUACGACAAGCGAGGGUUUAACCUUCGUUUCACGACGACCAUUGGGGUCGACUACAGCGACCGCCUGUUGGAGUUGGACGGGCGCCAGGUCAAACUACAGAUCUGGGACACGGCAGGGCAGGAGAGGUUUCACUCACUGACGACGAGCUUCUUCAAGCGCGCCGAGGGUUUCGUGCUUGUGUAUGACGUAUCGAACCGGCAAUCGUUCGAGAGCGUAUCGACUUGGAUGAAAGACAUCGUCGAGCAAGGGAAAAGAGGGUCGGACGUGGUUAUUUGUGGCAACAAGUGCGACUUACAGGGGCGAGAGGUGGCAAGGGAGGAAGGCGAACAACUAGCGGCGGAGCUGGGAGUCCCGUACAUGGAAACCAGCGCAAAGGAAAACCUGAACGUCGAGGAGACCUUCGGCAACUUAGCUUCGCGGGUUAAGACCCGGCUGGAAGCAAGCCAGGCUGCCACCGAUGCGGCGGGUUCCGGAGAGACGCUGAGACUGAACGGGGGCCGAAACGGGGGCGUAGACACGGAGUCUCUCACCCAAAGGAUGGAGUCGUGUUGCACUUGAGGGCUCUUGCCCGUUGGGGGGGGGGGAUGGGGUGCCAAGAGGGAUAGACAGACGACAGACAGACAGAGGCGCCGGCACGAGGGGCAUUCUAUCUCGAAUAUGGGAGCUAGUGACUUCCUAGCUUGUGUGCGUAACCAGUUUCCACCCAUACGCACACCGGAAGAAGUGUGGGGUAUCCCCUGCCAGGUCGCCUACCGUGUCUCCACUGUGCCUCUUUUCGUUGAUGAUUUUAGUACGUGGGGGAUGAAGAUGGUUUUGCCACACGGGGUGAGGGGUGGAGGGGGGGGGUUGAUGUGACGAGAUUUGGGUGGGAUGAUAAUUUGAGGGCGUUGGUUUGAAGAGGCGUGCUAGGACAGGAAGGAAGUGAUCGAUGUCCCUGACCGUUUCCAUAUGGUACCGCUCUGAGCGCCCUGGAGAUCACGUAAAUCGCAGAAGGCAAGGGAGCACGCAGCAAGGGGGAAGAGCGGUCGAUUAUAUCGUGGAAUGGGGAGCGGGGGGGGGGGCGGGGGGNGGGGGGAGUGAUUGCAUUGGAGCGCGAGCUAGUAUUUCCGCGUUGAGAGCGAGGACAGGACUUGGGUCGCAUCGUCUUGUUUGGAUAGGGUCGGGGCAGAGAUGGUUGCCCCCUCGGUCGAUGCACACCACACACCACACAGCAAGCAGUCGAUGCUGCUGUGUACCCACACGAUCCUUGGCCGACGGCUCAGCGCGCAGAUCGGAAUGCCAAGAGGUCGUAAAGUAUUGCUGCCUUGCCACGUCAGGCCAGAGUUGCGCAGUAGUAGGCUUUGGAUUUUUUUUUUUUUUGGGGGGGGGGGGUAACCAAAGGGUUGUUUGUAAACCUUGGAGUAGUGCACAGAAGUAGACCCCUUUCGCGUGGAGACAGCAGCCAGUCGGCUUAAGCAUGCAUGCGUGUGUGGUUAGCUUCUCCUCGCCAUUUGUUUUUAAAACGAUAUCCUCGUCGGCCCUGCUUGCUUUGUCAUCACGUGGUUUCCGCUUGUAGUUGUUGGCUCGGGCUAUUCCCUCCCUCCGACGAACCGGAAGAGGAAGGACACACGGACGGCAGCGGCUCUAUCUGGCCACAUUGUUUGCAGUAGACGUACACGCUGUCGGUCGCCCGUGCGCGUACAGGUUUUUGGUCGGUCUGUAGAGGCUGAAGUAGGUCAGCGACGCUGUUUUUGUACGAGUGUCCGGGGGGAGGCGAAGGCAGUAAGGGUUAGGCCAGUCCCAGCCCAAUUUAAUCCUUUGAAACCGUGCGGGGGGCAUUUGGACGUGCGCAAGACUUGACAGGUUGAUAAAAGGAUGCACAGCAGCUGACUCUUAAUUUGCAGCGUUGUCGAAUUUCGGUGUUCCAUUUUCCCAUUACAUGUUUUCUUUUCAUUUUUUUUUUGUUGUCGUUGUUCCCUCCCUUCCUCACCAGAAAGGAGAUGAAAAAUAUUGUGUUGUGUAUGCGCAGUAAGGUCAGGAGUGUGAGGAAUAUUUUAGGAGACCUGUCAGUUUUGUUUCGUCACGAACUUUUGACUUUUUCUAUUGGAAAUACGCUCGGUGAAAGUAUGGCAGGAACGAUCGAUUUGAAAAUCACGUUCGAGAGCAAAUUUUGACGGUGACAUGGAAGACUCGGACUACUGACUAGUCUAUCUAACAGCAGCCGUAUCACUAGGACAGAAACAGAGGGCCGCUACUACUGGUGCGUUUCUAGCGGGCGGGGUGCGGGGUAGCAUCUCGAACCACGCAACUUACUUCUUUGUCGGUACAGUAGCCCUCAUGUCCGUUGUUUACCAUUUUUUGUGGCAAGUUGCGCCAGCCUACAUGCAUCGAUCGACACGCGGGAGGUGGCGUGGAUAGAGGAUAGGGUACUACUACACCUGCCCGCCUCAUCAAGAUC